AUGGCAACUACCUUGAAGCCAACCGUUAGAGCAGCCAAGAAUGUGGAGAUCCAACUUAGGGAAAAGGGUUUAGAAAGAGCUGAGGUAGGCGAGAAGAGGAAGUUUGUGGGAUUCGAAAAGAGAAAUAGGUCCCCAAGGUAUGACCCCAACAACAAGAGAUAUGAGGACAGCAAUGAAGAAAUGUUUUGUGACAAGUGUAGAAGGAAACAUGUUGGGAGAUGCUCUAAAGAGGUGACCUGCUUCAAAUACGGGAAGACUGGUCACUAUGCCGAUGAAUGCACGACCAAGAAAGAAGUCUGCUUUAAGUGUGGUGAAGAAGGACACCACAAGCAUGACUGCCCGAAUAAGGAAAGGGCUACAAAGCCAAAUGUGUCACCAAAGCCAAAGACAAGAGCAUUCCAGAUGAUCCUUAACGAAGCAACUGACAAUGCAAGGAAUCAGGAGCGAGGGCUGAUAUCCGAAGAUCAAGUUAUGAAAUUGCCAUGUGGAUAG